GCAGUAAAGAGGACACCACCACACUUCAUGUGCUUUGCCUCUUAAAAGAGUUGAUGGGAACGUUCCCUCUGGGAGCCGUCAAGUCCUGCUGUGAAACUCUGCUGCGCGUGAUGACGCUCAGCCACGUGCUGGUGACGGCCAGCGCCAUGCAGGCGUUUCACAAGCUGUUCAGCGGGAAGCCGAACCCCUCGUCCCUUUCAGCAGAACUCAACGCACAGAUCAUCACGGCGCUGUAUGAUUACACUCCCAGUGAGAAUGACUUGCAGCCUCUGCUGGCCUGGCUUGCUGUCAUGGAGAAGGCUCACGUUCACUUGGCGAGUUUGCAGAGUUCUCUGAGUUUGGGCCACCUCCCUCGUCUUUUCUCCGCCACCAUGUCCUGCCUGUUGUCGCCGCACACGCAGGUGGUUUCUACGGCUGCCAGCACACUAAAGACUUUGUUGACUGAAUGUGUUGCCCCUCACAUGGAGGAAAUGGGGAUGAUCACCACCUCGUCUGCAGGGAACCCCUCAUAUGUCUACAAAAUGUUCCACAUCGUAGAGGAAGGAUUGUCGUAUCGUUUCCACGCCUCCUGGCCCUUUGUUCUGCAGAUCCUUGGCUGCUUUUAUCGAGUUGCCGGAAAACAAGCUCACUCCAUCAUGACCAAGUCGCUGCAGUCCCUGGCAGACCUGCGCACCACUCCUCAGUUCCCCUACAGCGGUGAGUUGGACCUGGCCGUGGGAGCAGCUGUGGAGAGCAUGGGCCCUGAGGUGGUGCUGGCUGCUGUGCCUCUCAACAUCACCGGCAUCAAUGAUAAUUUGGAGUUCCCACGCAGCUGGUUGAUCCCCGUCAUACGAGAUCACGUGAAGAACACUCGCCUUGGCUUCUUCACUUCCUAUUUCCUCCCUCUGGCUUCUGUGCUCAAACAGAGAGCUGAAGAGUUUGAGCAAACAGGAAGGAAACUAGAAGCGAAAGUCUACGAGAUGUUGCAGCUUCAGAUUUGGACCAUGCUUCCUGGUUUCUGCACAUGUCCGGUGGACCUGAUGGUGUCGUUUAAAGGCGUUGCCCGCACGCUCGGCAUGGCCAUUAAUGAACGAUCAGACCUGCGCCUCACGGUGUGCCAGGCGCUCCGCACCCUGAUCAACAAGAGCUGCAGCACAGAGGAAGAAAAGGCUGAACUGGGACGUUUCUCGAAGAACUUCCUGCCCAUCCUUUUCAACCUGUACAACCAGAAGCCAGCAGAGGGAGAGUCCGGAACGUACAGGAUGGCUGUGCUGGAGACCAUCAAAGUCUAUUUAACCGUCACAGAAACGCAGCUGAUCUGCACAUUCUUACAAAAAGCUUCUGACAUGUUGGCGAGCGCCGAGAGCACCGAGUUCACACGGCUGGCAGUGAUGGACCUUGUGGUCGCGAUGGCUCCGUUUGUCGAUGAGCUCAGCAUGACGAAAACCUUUGAGCUUAUUAGACCAUAUUUAGAGGCCAAAGAGCCCGGCAUGCAGAAGAAGGCGUACCGCGUGCUGGAGGAGAUGUGCGGCGCAGAGAGAGACGAGUGCAGAGCCUUCGUCGCGUCUAAUCUGGAAACACUUAAACUCGUCCUGCUCGACACUCUGAAAAAUGCGUCUUCGCCAGCAAAAAGGCCCAGACUGAAGUGUCUCAUCCACAUCGUGAAAAGAUUAGAUGAGAAACACAAAGACUUCAUCACCGCCCUGCUGCCAGAGGUGAUUAUUUGUACCAAAGAGGUUUCUGUUGCAGCUCGUAAAAACGCCUACACUCUGCUGGUGGAAAUAGGAAAGGCUUUUGUUCGUUUUUGUGGAAACAAAAAAGAUGCCAUGGAGCAGUUUUUGGUCCUGAUAUUUGCAGGACUCACGGGCUCCGUCACCAUGAUCACGUGCACCGUCUUGGCACUGACGCGUCUCGUGUUUGAAUAUAAAGACUCUAUAGAGGUGUCCACGUUGGAGCAGCUGCUGCACAACGUCUGUCUGCUGCUGUCGUCUCGCACCAGAGAGAUCGUCAAAGCUUCUCUAGGCUUCAUCAAGGUCAUCCUCUUCAUCAUGGACUCCAAAACGCUGGCCUCACACGUCACGGUCAUGAUGGAGGGCAUUGGAAACAUAAAGGAUGAUGUCAGAAGACACUUCAGAACCAAACUGAAGAAUAUCUUCACUAGGUUUAUCAGAAAGUUUGGUUUUGAGCUGGUGAAGAACAUGCUGCCCGCAGAACACCACAAGGUGCUGGCAAACAUCCGCAAGGCCGAGGCUCGAAGCAAGAGACGAAAACAGGCAGCCGAGGAGCACGACGACUCUGAGAGCGAAGACGAGGCACCUAAAACCAAGAGCGAGAGCAUCGAAGACAUCCUCGCCGAGUCUGACAGCGAUUUGUCCGAGGACGAAGGAAAGCCUCAGAAGAAACUGAGCAAACAGCAGAAAGGACGGGCGUGGCUUAAAGAGGGCGAGGAAGACGACCCGCUCAACUUCCUGGAUCCGAAGGUUUCCCAGAGAGUUUUAGCUACAAACCCAUCUCUGAAGAAAACUUCCAAGGUCAAACAUGGUUUCAAAGUGACCUCAGAUGGACGACUGAUUAUUAGAGAGGACGAUGAGGAGAAUGUGAAGGACAAAGACAAAAACGAGAUGGAAGAUAUUCUUGAAGAGGCGGGAGUCAAAAGUAAAAAGUCCCAGAAGAGGAAAAUUAAAGAUGACGACUUCGAUGAGGAUAUGGACACUGAACCUGGGCUUAAAUAUAAAGCUGGCGGCUCAGGAAUCCACAGACCUCUGGGACGAAGCCAAGAUAUGGGAGCUGAUUAUAAAUCAAAGAAAGGAAAAGGAGAUGUGAAGAAAAAGGGGAAGCUUGAUCCUUACGCCUACAUCCCUCUGAAGAAGGAUCAGCUCAAUCGUCGGAAGCGGGCCAAACUGCACGGCCAGUUUAAGGGGAUGGUGCGAGGAGCCCAGAAGGGGGCGCUGUCUGGAAAGAAAAUGCAGAAGAAAAAAAGGAAAGCCUGAAGCUCAAGUUCAUAUUGAACAGACUCUAAAUAAUGUGCUGUGAUCUGAUCUGUAACAUGAUGAAAAGAAGGUCACACACUCUGGAUGUGAUGGAGUGUUUACAAAUUUUUUUUUUGUGUUUUGUCUUUAAACUGUGCCGUGUUUGAAAAGCUCCAACCAUAAAGCGGCUUUCAGAAAGUAUUUGUGCGCUGCGCCAAACCGUUUUUUAAAUGAAUGCAUGAAUGGAAACUAUCAAACCAAAUGGAAUUCUAAAUUUGGACCUGGUUUAUCGCUCACUACUGAAAAGCUAAGGAAACUUUCAGGAAAUAAUCAGAUGCACAGCUUCAAAUUAUUUACUUUUGAAGCCAACUCAAUUCAAGAUGGCCACCGCAGCUGAAUGAUCUUUGAAAACACAAGAAAUAAUUCUAUCAUUUUUUACAGAUAUUCUUCUAAAAAAUGCUGUGGUAGCAGAGAGUCUAUAAAUAACUCAUCGUCCAAAUCUGGCAUGAAGGAAAGCAGGCGAUUAUUUCUUUAAAGAAUGCUGAUGCUGACUAGUUCACUAAUUUAUUUGGGCUCUGUGUUGCUGCAUGCUUGUAAACUGCAGAGUAAACCAUUCAAGAAUACAAGAGUAACCUAAACUCAUAAUUACAGUUGUUUAUUAACUGAAACAUGAACUUUUUUUUAUCCCGUUUCUCAUCAGAAACCCAGUUUAAGUUGUCGGUUGUUGUGUUUGGAACAGCUGUAGGUUGAUUUGCUGACAGGACCUCACAUACCAUUACCCUCGUGAUUUAUUUUCCCAGAUAGGUUGCAGCGCAGUGAGUCAUGGAGCGACAGGCUGACCUCCUAAUCACAUUCGUAUGUGUUUGGGGUUUUAAGUCAGCGUUUCAUGGGAAGGAAAUGAUUCAGGAGAUUCUUAAAACCUGGAGCCUGUGCUAAGAAACUGUGUCAGGAUUAGAAACCAUCAGGUUCAACUCCUUGUUUUUGGGGAGUUUUACAAAGCUGAUUCACUUGUCUUCACAAGUUGCUGUUUUGACUCCUAAAAAUAAAAACAACUCCCACACUGUCAGGAAAUUAUAUAACCAACAGUUCAAAUGGAAAACMGUCCUCAUGCACGAUGCUGCAUUCGUUCUCACAUCUGUAAAACUUCCAUUGAUGCCUAAUGAUUCGUACAGAUUUUGGAGCAACAUAUCCACUUUUUUUGUUAACAGUCAUUAGUAAACCACAUCCUGCAUGUACUAAAACAGCGUAACUUCAUUUUAUAUAAAUAGGAACUGCAACAAAAAUGGUGAAAUUUGCCCUAUUACUGCACCUAACCCAUUAUGACAAGGUGAAAGCAUGGCUUUAAAACCAAUGAGCUCUUUCAAAACCUGUUCUUUAUCCUGCUGCAGGACAGUUAGCCUCGUGUACGCGUAGAUUUAUCAGCGUAGAAAUGUUUUCCUGAAAUUAUAAUUAAGCCAUUUAAAACCUUGGAUAUAUGAUCAGUUUUGCAGGUUAUUUGGCUGCAUGUUCCGGAUAGAUAAAAACAGCAGUGAAAGUGUAAUUUGUGUAAUUAAAGACAUUGCAUCAAA